UUGUCGAAGUUCUGUCAAGCAGAUCGGGCCUUUUAGACGCUUCGAAAGGCGAGGAUACUCGAAGAAGCGGAACAAGAGUAGAUUUAUAACAACACAAAGGCCUUUAACAAUGAGGACAGCGUUAGUUUUCAGCUCUGUCACUCUACUUUUCGUCGCCUGCGUGGCUGACAAAAUCUUCGAGAUACGCGGCCAUGGUUUGGAGCUUGGAAAACACCGCGACUCCGAUGGUCAUGUAGAAGUCUUACAGUCUUUGCCGAGUCCAAAAGAGUUUUGGGAUAAUUAUGCUAGUAUUCGAAAACCUGUUGUAUUGCGUGGGGCAGGCAAGAAUUUCCCAGCUUUUGAUCUCUGGACUGACCCGUAUUUAGUGGAGAAUUACGGCGACCUUGAAGUGAAACUGGAAGCAAGAAAGGAGAAAGAAAAAGUGCCCGUUGGCGAAAAAGGUCUCGGUCGUGACACGAUUCGCAGUUUUCUUGAAAGUUAUGCAAAGAAGGACACGUAUAUGGUCUCCCAACUCCCCGACCCUCUGGCCAGGGAGGUUCGUGUGCUUCCUUGUUUGAUGUGCGGUACCUUUUCAGAGCGAAUUUUGGAAGCAAAUUUGUGGCUUAGUUCUGGUGGAACAAAAAGUAUGCUUCACAAAGAUGCAGAUAACGCGAUCAAUUGCUUACUCAACGGAACCAAAGAUUGGAUCCUUAUACACCCGGAUAACGAAAAGAACAUUCCUGUUGCUAAGGGAGACAAAGGCUAUGGUGGGUUUGCGACUCUGGAUGUUGAUAAAGUAAAUCUCAUCAAGUACCCAAAGUUUAAGGAGGUCCACUGGCAGUAUGCUAACCUGACGGCAGGGGAUUGUCUGUACCUCCCAUACAGUUAUUGGCACCAAGUAAGAUCUUAUGGAGCCAAAAACAUGGCAGUAUCUGUAUUAUUUUCCAGACUCACCCAGUUCAACGAAACAGGAUGUGAGAGUGCAAAACUAGAGUAUACCCCCUUAAGUGACGUCAACAUGGUCUGGACAUACCCUGGACAUGGCCCACAGACCAUGGGAAACCUUGACCCAUUUGAGUUGAAGGAUAAUUAUCUUCAAGAAAUCAAACAUAUUGAGAACCAGCAGUUUACAGUGGAUUACUUAUUUGAAUCCCUAACUCAGGAGGGAGUUUAUGAAAAUCACCCCAGUAUAAGGAGAGACAUGGCCAGCAAGAUUUUGUCAAUCAUGGACCCAGGUGGUAAAGGGUACGCUGGUGAGGAUGACAUUGAGGCUCUCACUGUUGAGUCACUCAAAGCAAUUGCUGAUAUUUUGGACCCUGAUGCCGCAAACACGGAGGAGUAUGAACAUAUAACAAUCAGUGUGGAUGAUGUAAGGGGAUGUUUUCAAGAAGCACUGAAAGAGGGUGAUGGUCAGCUCACUUUGAACUCUUUGAUUGAGCACUAUAAGGAACUCGAGGGAUCCGAGAAGGUUGCCCGUGAGCUGUUUGCAAUGCUAGAACCCAAGCAGAAGUACAUCGCCACUCAAGAGGAGGUUGACCGACACUUGCCUGAAAUACUGGAACUCUUCAAGAAAGUGCGAGUCAGCAACGAUAUGUCAGGUGAAUGGCACCAGAAAGAGGUCCUAGAAGACAAAAAGAUCAUGGAGGAAUAUCUCAAAACUGUCGGACAAAACCCAGAUGCUGGAAAUGGAAAGGCACGAGACGAGUUGUGAUUAGCAGGCAGCGUAGUCCCGCGGCUUGUAUUCGGGCUACCCAUGGCUGGACCUGAGCCGCUUGGUAAAUAAUUUCCAGGGUAUCCUGAAAUAGACUUAGACCCUAGGCUGAAGAGCAGUUUGGAUUUACUGCUGCUUCAGUAAAAAAAUAAAAUAAACAAUUCCAAGCAUAUUUUUAUAAAAUGCAACUUUUACAAAAUGACCCAUCCACGGAUAAGCAUCGUGUUAUUUAUGAUAGCAAUUUAUUUACACAUGCAUGUAGGACCGCGCCUUUUUGGCCAGUCAGUAAAAUAAUAUGCUGGUUGCAUAUAAAUCUGUCAAAACCAUUAAAAUAUAACUCUUAUAAAUAAAGCAUACAUGGAAACAAUGAUAAAAUAUAAAGAAAUAAAAGAAAAGCUAGUAA